AUGCCAAACUGCAUGCAGGAUGAAGUUAACCAAGGCGACCAGGCUGCAUCAGAACUAUCAGAAGCCGCCUAUGUGGAACUUGUGAACAAGUUUGAGCAGCAGUUCACGACGCUAGAAAAGCUUCAAGAUGAAAUAAUACUACGUGAGCCAGAUCAAUUUGAUGAUACACAAGACAAGUUAGUUCAUCGAGUGCUAGCCACAGAAGCGGAACUCAAACAUUGGCGUACAGUGGAACCGAGAUUGCUGGCAGAAAAUUCUGAAGUGUUACUGAAAGCGGGAAAAGAGGAGAUGCUCAAGCUUUGCUCUGAACUUGAGAUGGUUCUCUCAUGUUAUGAAGUAAAGCAAGAUAAACUACAAGAAAUUGAAGAACUUGAACUGAAGUGGUUGAAGGAAAAAGAAGGGGUGCUAAACGCUGUCACUGAUCAUGCUAAGCGACUGCAAGAGCAAUGUGACAAAUUAUCUGAGCACAGUGUUCUGCUUGACACCAAAGAGAAGAUUCGUAAAAUGAAAGUCUACCAAGAAAUUCUGAUGGCGUCUCUGGGAGACAUCAUAGAAGAGCAUAUUCCUCCUCCUGACAGCAGCCAGAAUAUUCCUAAUGAAGAAAUGAUUUCCAUCAGUGACAUUCUGGAGAUGCUCAUGAACAAGGUUCUGAAAACACCACAUGACCCUUAUGUGACGAUUGACUCCACUUUUUGGCCACCCUACGUGGAGAUGCUACUCCGACAUGGCAUGGCUGUAAGACAUCAGGAGAAUAACUUAAAAAUUCGUCUGGAAGCGUUUUACUAA